UAUAAAUUGAAUAUAUACUAAUAACUACGACUAAAUCACACUAUAAUGACAUUAAACUUAUCUAAAGUAAGUGAAACAUACUUCCAGAAGUUAUUUGUACCCAAACGAGGUACCGAUAUCUCAGCUGAAGCUAAAUCUAGUGUACUUGUAUUAGAUCAAUUCACUACAUCAAUUAUAUCUAUGUGUUAUACUCAAACUCAAUUACUUCAAAAUAAUAUUAUAUUAAUUGAAUUAAUUGAUAAUACUAGAUCGUUUAAUAAUAUGAAACAUUUGAAUUGUGUAGUUUAUAUAAAACCUACAAAAGAAUCUAUUCAAUCAUUAGUUAAUGAACUUAGCAAUCCUCAUUUUAAAUCUUAUCAAUUAUUCUUUAAUAAUACUAUAAAUAAAUCUCAAUUAGAAAGAAUUGCAGAGGCUGAUGAAUUUGAAGUUAUUAAUCAAGUUGUAGAAUUAUUUCAAGAUUAUUUAAUUAUAAAUAAGAAUCUUUUUACAACUAAUAAUACAAUUAAUACUACUAAUAAUAUUAAUAAUAAUGCAAUAAUUGAAGAAUCUAAUAGUUUAAUAAGUUUAUUAUUAUCAUUAAAAAAGUGUCCAAUAAUUAAAUAUGAACCUAAUUCAAUUGAAUUAAAGAGAUUAAGUUCGGAAAUAUUAUAUAAUAUUAAUUCUAAUUCCAAUAAUAAUUUAUUUGAUGAUUUAAAUAAAGGAAGUGAUAGACCUCCAGUAUUAUUAUUAUUAGAUAGAAAAUCAGAUCCAAUAACUCCAUUAAUUUCUCCUUGGACUUAUCAAUCAAUGAUUCAUGAAUAUAUUGGAAUUAAAAAGAAUAUAACUGAAGUUUCAUCUGAACAAUUAAUUUUAGAUGAAAUUCAAGAUAAAUUCUUUUUAGAAUCAAUGUAUUUAAAUUAUGGAGAUUUAACUGAUAAAUUUCAAAGAUAUGUUGAACAUUAUAAGAAAGAAACUAAACAAACAUCUAUUGAAAAUUUACAAACUCAAAAUUUAAAUGAUUUAAAGAAAAUGUUAACUAAAUUUCCCGAAUUUAAAAAAUUAUCUUCAAAUAUUCUUAAACAUUUAAAUAUAAUUACUGAAAUUGAUAAAGAAAUUACUAAUCAAAAUAUGUGGGAUAUUGGUGAAUUACAACAAACAAUUAUUUGUGAACUUGAUAAUCAACAAACUAUUAAAACUAGAUUAAUUGAUCUUUUAGAUAAUUUAAAAGUUUCAACUAUAAAUAAAGUUAAAUUAGUUUUAUUAUAUUCGGUUAGAUUUCAUAAUACUAAUGAUAUAUCAUUAUUUACUGCUAAAUUAAAUGAUCCAUCUAAAACUUCACCAAUUAUUACUGUAACUCAAAAUUCUUUAAUAAAGAAAUUUAAUGCAUUAUUUAAUUCCAAGAUUACAACUUCACAAAUUUCUGGUGAUAAUAAUAAUUUAGGUAUAUUUAAUAAAAAGAUUAAUUUUACUAGUUUGUUUAAUAAUAACAAUAAUAACAAUAAUCAAAGAAAUGAUAAUGUUUACUUACAAUAUGUUCCUAAACUUAAUGAUAUUUUAAUUGAUUUAAUUAAUCCUAAUCAAGAUAAUAAUCAUAAUAAUGGAGCUGGAAUUACUUUAUCAACUCUUGUACCAGAUAUUGUAGCUAAUCAAUAUGGUAGAAAUGUUCAACAUGAACCAGUUCAAGAUAUAAUAAUAUAUAUUAAAGGUGGAGUAACUUAUGAAGAAGCUAGAUUAAUUCAUGAAUUAAGUAUUAGUAAUAAGAAAAUCAAUCUUAUAAUUGGUGGUGAUUCAAUAUUGAAUAGUAGUUCAUGGUUAAAUAAUUUAUAUGAUUUAGUUAAUGAUUCAUCAACUAGUGAUAUAACAUCUGAUCCAGCUGAAGAAAGACGUAAACAAUUACGUGAUUUGUUAUAGGAUAUAUAAGAUAUAUAAGAUAUAUAUAUAUAUAUA